UAGGGCAGUGAACUACAACGCCGCUGACAGUAUAGGAGGAUUCGGCUACAUGUUUGGGUACUGCGCACUUUCGCUUUAGAGCCAACCCAAAAUACGUAGUUGUUUAUAACGAAGCUUCUUUAUGACUCCGACCACAAGACUCAGUCAUGCCGAAAUUAACCGUGGGCACUGUUCGUCUUGUUUUUUUGUCGUUCGUGUUGGAGACGGUAGUUUUAUAUGGAAGUUGCUCACCGGCUUCCAACCUCCACGACGUGGGCGAUGAUGCGUUCACCAUCCAACAUCUUGGCACAGGACAGUGUCUGACAAUGGGGACUUCCAAAGGCCUGACGCUCACCACCUGUGAUUCCAAAAACAUUACUCAGCUGUGGAAAUGGGGAUCACGCCGCCGACUCUUCCACCUGGCCACGGCGUCCUGCUUGGCCCUGGACCUCCACACCAAGGCUGUCUCCCUGAUGGACUGCAACACCAACUACUUAUUGUGGUGGGGUUGUGUGGACGGCGCUGUGUAUACCGUUUAUCAGAUGGGUCUGGCGGUCACUGAUGGCAAAGUGGGAACCAAACGAGACACUAAUGAUACUUGGGUUAGAGGAGAGACCCAGGAGAACAUCUGUCAGAAGCCGUACCGUGUCGUCCACACCGUUGAUGGGAACUCAGCCGGCAAGCCCUGUGACUUUCCUUUCAAGUUCAAUGGCAGCUGGCAUCAUGGCUGCCUCCCCGACCCGGACUCGCCCGAACUGACCUGGUGCUCCACCUCCUCAGAUUAUGACCAAGACAGGCAGAAGGGGAACUGUCUCACACCUGAGGAAGGCUGCCAGACGCACUUCUCAGGUCCAGAAGGAGAGUUCUGUUAUGAGUUUGUCACCAAUGCCGAGGUGAGUUGGCAGGAAGCUCUGGAUUCAUGUCGCAGCCAGGGAGCCGAUCUCUUCAGCCUGUCCGGCCCCAAUGAUCUCCACUCCAAAACAUUUUUAGACGGCCUUGGCCAGAUGCCCGAGCGGAUGUGGAUCGGUCUUCACCAGUUGGACACGUCUCAGGGCUGGCAGUGGUCUGAUGGCUCCUCUCUGUCCUUCCUGCGUUGGGAAGAAGAAACGCCAGACUCCUCGCUUUUGGCCUCAGACUGUGGAGUUCUGAACUCCAAACAGAGCUUUGGCUCUACGGCGUGCAGCGAAAAGCUGCCAUACAUCUGCAAGAAAAGAGUGCACCGCCCCCAAGCAGCUGAGACGGAGCCCUCCAUAUACAGGGAAACGGUGUGUUCUGAUGGCUGGGUCCCGUGGAACGGCUGGUGUUACAUGUUGGUGAAGGAUGAACCUCGGAACUUCAUGGAUGCCCAGCAGUUCUGUAACAAGACGGCUGGAUCACAGGAAGGCUUCCUGGCCAGCUUCCACUCUCUGGAAAGCAAGGAAAUGAUCAGCACUAAUUUCCAUUCAGCCGGUGUCUAUCUGGAUGUGUGGAUCGGUCUUAUUGGUAUAAACACCAAUCCAACAACAGUCUUCAAGUGGAUCAACCAGGCACCAGUCAAUUUCACCUACUGGGGACCAAAUGAACCGGUGCAGCCCAGUCAGGAUACCAGCUGCGUCUUCUACUCUGGAGAGUCUCAUGGUUGGAGGGUCGGGAAUUGUUCUCUCAGACUUCCUUUCAUGUGUCAGACAAAAGGAAACGUCAGCACAACGGGCACACAGACGGGAUGUCGCUCUGAAGAUGAGGGUUGGAGGAGACACAGCAACUCCUGUUAUCAAGUCAACGUCAAACAGGUGUCUUUCAAAGAUCAAUGCAAUGUGACUAUAAGAAACAGGUUUGAGCAGGCCUUCAUCAACCGGUUACUGAGGGAGCACAUCAGCAAAGAACCUCAGUAUUUCUGGAUUGGCCUGCAGGACAUUAAAAACACAGGGGAAUACCAGUGGCUGAGUGAGAACGGAUCGUCGACUGAUGUUGCGUACACAAACUGGGGCCAGAUUGAACCACAGCACAACGGAGGAUGCGUGGUCAUUUCUACAGCGCGGCCCCUCGGCAAGUGGGAAGUGAAGAACUGCACCGUGUUUAAGGCCGGCACUAUUUGUAGAACAGAUCUCAGUCCGCCUCCACCACCAGAGCCUCAGCCAGAUCCCACUGUCUCGUGUCCUGGUGGAUGGGUGUCCAGAGAAAACAUGAAAUACUGCUACAAGGUUUUCCACGAUGAAAGACUGAGCAGAAAACGCUCAUGGGAGGAGGCCGAGAGGUUCUGUCAGGCUCUGGGUGGUAACCUGCCCAGCUUUGCGGGUAUCGCUGAGAUGAAGGCCCUGCACAGCAUCAUAAGAGAAACCAUUAGUGAUAAUCGGUACUUCUGGGUCGGCCUGAACAGAAGAAAUCCAUCGGAUAGUUCCUGGGAAUGGAGCGACGGACGGCCUGUAACAAUAAAGGUGUUAAACAGUGAUUUUCACGAGGACGACGCUUACAGUCGUGACUGCACUGCCUUCAAGACAAUGAAGAACACCCUGAAACACCUUUUUAUGUUUCUGCAACACGACGUUUCCCUCCCGCCUUUCUUUGCCACGCCAUUCCACUGUGACGCCAGGCUGGAGUGGGUCUGUCAAAUAGCCCGGGGGAAAACUCCAAAGACCCCAGAGUGGUACAAUCCUGGUGGUCACCAUGAGUCGUCCAUCUUUGUGGACGGAUCGGAGUUUUGGUUCAUCAGGGAGCCAAAACUAUCGUAUGAGAAGGCCGAGCUAUUUUGCAACGCUAACGGCAGCAAACUGGCCGAACCAACAGGCACAACGGCGGCCAUAAAAAUCUUCCAGUACAUAAAAAAUAUUUCAAAUGACUCUAAACAAAACUGGUGGCUGGACUUGUCGAAGCCGAGCAGGAUAUUUCCCAUGACGUACACCCAGAUGGUGUAUUAUCACUCAGCCUUCCUGGGCCGGUGCCUUUCCCUCACUCCUGAAAGCCCCUUUCCCAGUCAUGAAGUCAGUUGUCAGCAGCGAUUGCCUUUUGUGUGUGAGAGACACAACAUCACUCAAGUGGAGAGAGACCCUCUGGAGCCUCGACCUGAAGGUCUGCCCUGUGGAAACAGCUCUCUGUCCUUCAGGAAUAAGUGCUACACUAUAAUGACCAGCUUAAAGCCCGUGUCUUUCAAAUAUGCCAACGAGGAGGAGUGCCAGUCAGUGAGGGGAACCCUGGUUACUAUAUCAGAUCAGGUGGAGCAAGAUUUCAUCACCACACUUUUGCCGGGAAUGAGAAGCAUGGAGAAAAUAUGGAUUGGUCUGAAGAUCAGAAGAAACGACCCCGAAUGGGUGGAUCAAUCUCCGGUCGACUACCUCAACUUCAACCCCCUGCUGAUGGGCAUGCAUAAGGCGAUAAAAGUAGAUAAAUGGGAUCCGGAGGGUAUGGAUCUGUGUGCGUAUUUAAUAAACAACCAAAACUCCGCAAUGCUGGGCACCUGGGACUACACUUCCUGCACCCAGUCUCAAAAUCUGGCUAUAUGCCAACACUAUGCAGAUAAGGUAGAGGAGCCCCACGUGGACACACAGCCCUUCACUGCUGACAACCACACCGUCCAGCUGCUUGUCAAAAACCUCACCUGGUAUGAAGCCUCGGAGGAAUGUCAAAACCUAAACAUGGACCUGGUCAGCGUGUCGGACACGUUGUUCCAGGCCAUGCUCAGUGUCCGCGUGAGCCGCGCACGCACACCGAUGUGGAUUGGUCUCUUCAGCGAAGAUGGUGGAGGUCACUACCAUUGGACCGAUCAGAGCCACAUUGUGUUCAGCCGCUGGUCUACCGAUGCAACCAGUGGCUCCUGUGUUUAUUUGGACACUGACGGCUUCUGGAAAGCCACUGACUGCACGGAGGAGCUGGGGGGCGCUAUCUGCCACAAACCGCAAAAAGAGAUCAUCACAACACCAGAGGAUGUUGGCGUUAAGUGCCCUCAUAAGACCAAUGGUCCAAACUGGAUCCCCUUCAAAAACAACUGCUACUCCUUCCAGUUGAUCCCCGCCAGAUGGGAACAGUAUGAUCAAGGAAACAUUCAGGAAACCUGCAAGACAGUCCAUCCAGAUGCUGACAUUCUCACCAUCAGAAAUGAGGAGGAAAAUGAGUUCAUCAGGCAGCAGCUACUGCCUUUCCAGUCCCUGGCGAAGUUUAUUUGGCUGGGGAUGUUUAAGGAUAACAAUGAUGACCAGAUGAAGUGGUUCGAUGGGACAAACGUCCAAUACUCCAACUGGGCCAGUGGUCGACCCAGUAUAAACGCUUCAUUCAUGGCUGGACUCACCACUGACGGAAGCUGGCUUCUGGUGUCAAAUAAAUACCUUUUCUCCGAGUUCAAACAAAGGACCAUAGUGACCUGCAAGCUGGACAAAGAACUGAAAGAACAGUACAACACGUCAUCGUUGAAUCUGCAGCGUUACGGUAGCCUGACCUACCAGGUUCUGACGCAGAAGUUGAAUUGGUACCAGGCCCUGAAAGAGUGGGGUCAGCGUGGGGGACACGUGGCCAGUAUCCACGACAUCCAGCACAAUGCGCAUAUAAAGCUCAUUGCCAAGACGGAUGGUUUCCCGCUCUGGAUCGGCCUUUCCAAUCAGGAUGUUACCGGCACUAACUACGAAUGGUCUGAUGGAACCAGAUUUGACUAUCAAACCACCAUAUCUGAGUCGGAGAAGACUACCAGCUCUGACAAACCGGAGGCCGGCUGUGUUCUCAUAACCCCUGCAGGAUUGUGGGUAAAGAGCAGCUGCCGUACGGUGGCAGAGGGAGCCAUCUGCUACACCACCAACAUCAGCAGCGCUUCACAGAGAGCCAAACAGCAGGCUUCACUCGAGGCCAACCGGUGUCCUCAGAGCAGCGGUGUGCCCAGUGGAAUGUCCAAGUGGGUGCAGCACGAGCUUCACUGCUACGCCUUUGACAUGAGCUUCUACAACUACAGCGUCUACAGCAGGGAGCAGGCCAGUAGCAUCUGCCACAACAUGGAUGCUGCGCUGCUGUCCAUACAGAGCCAAGAGGAGAACGACUUUGUGACAAAGUACCUUUCGAACUAUUCUCUCAUCACUGGCCGUGUGUGGCUUGGCGUGGAUGUGAACGCUCAAGGAAACCCUUUGACAUGGAAUGACGGCUCAGCUCUCACAUUUUCAAAAUGGAAACCGGGGGCCUUAAAUGCAGGGAAGGUCUCGUCUCCACAAUGUGCUGUCAUGAUGACGGCAGACGAUGGAAUCUGGAACCUUGUCAGCUGCCAGUCCAGCUUCAGUCGUGUUGUUUGCAAAACCAAGGCCAAGUCUUCCGGAACUCCUGUGGCCCUGGGCCUGUUCAUCAUCAUAAUCAUCGCUCUCCUCCUUGUGGUGGCCUUCGUGGUCUACAAGAAGAAGCGGACGUACUUCUCCUCUACCGUCCGUUACAAGCGCACCUUCAAUGACGUCGACUCCACCAGUAUUGUAGCGGACACUGAUUGAGCUCCAGUCCACAGCCUCAGGGAGUAUUUUCAUCUGCCUGCCUUGGAGCAGACGCACUGUUCAUUAUUUUAUGAAAUGAGGUUUUGUCCUGCUUUAGAUCUCUCAAACUUCCAGGUGUAAAUACUGUUUGUAUAUAUCAAUUACUUAAUUUAGGUUAUUUAAGAGCCACGAUCUUACAGAGCUGUGCAUGAAAAUAGAUACAAAUGGUCUUACACUCCUGUCUAGCCUUAAAGGGACAGAUCACAGUGAUGUGUGGGUAAAUUCAAACUAAUAGUAUGUAACUGAAGUUAUAUACAUGAACAUCAACUCACAACACUCCACAACCAAAGCUCAACUGUCUGUGUUUUCAAACUAAGUCAUUUACAGAUUUCUAAAAAGGAAAAAGCCACACAAAUAAAACAAAAAACAAAACAACAAAUCUCGGUUUGUGUGACUUGAAGUAUUUCAUAAAUCAUCAGCGCACUGCCCGGACCAGCCUGUGAACGUUUUAGAGUUUUUCAGUUUUCCAAAACGAUGCAAAGGGAAGAAAUGGAAACCGAAGGUUGUCCAUGUUUACUUGUGUUUUUGAUGAUAGUAUUGUAUCGGUACUGGGAGACUGCACUGUUAUCAGAAAAAUGACUUGUGAAUUCAUGACAGACUGUGCCUUUAGAUAAGCACAAAGAACAUGUCACUGAUUGUGCCUUUUACCAACAUGACUUUAAAACGAGGAAUAGUAUUAGCCACUGGAUUUGGUAUAUUUUAAUUUAAAAAUCUUAGAAUGAUCAAGCGCAAAAAAAAAAAAAAAAAACUACUGAUAAUAUAAACAUUUAUUUUUAAUAAAAGUCUUAGACUUGAAAUAAACCAGAAUGAACUCCAGACUUUUUUUCUUAUUUUUAAAUCUGUCUUUACUAUGCACUCAACUACUGAGCAAGAAUGCACUUUAAGCAGUUGUGGCUCCACUUUCUACUUAUUUUCAGCACAAAUGAAGAUUUCUGUUGUUUUAAUUGCACUGUUUCUUUUGUAAAUGUGUUCUGUUUUGUGUUUUGCACCAAAGACGCUUUAACUGGGUUAAUGUUCAGACUCUUAGCUUUUCUUUCAGCGUGUGGAAAUGGUCGAAUAUGGCUCAUGCAUAAAAAGGUGUAAAGGAAACAUUGAAGUUUUUGAUUUUUGGUUUUUGAACUUUUAAUGCACUCCUGAAAAAACAGCUUGAAUCAGUUACAUUAUAAUUACAAUAAAAAUGAACUCAUUCAA